AGCGAGCGAUCGAGCUGUCCCCUACCUGUGUUGCUCUCCCUCUCCAUCCUCCCCUCUCUCUCUCUCUCUCUUGCGCGCUUGCUUGCUUCCCUUCUCCGUGCGAGCGAGGCCACCAGCGGAGGAGGGCUGUGCUGAAGAAGAAGGCUGCGCCAACGAGAGCCUGGUGAUUGGUUGGCCUUUUCCUACCUACUGGACCUGCAGUACUUUCAACAUGCUUUUUGCAUAUCACUGCAUUAAGGAUGAAUAAAAUGUUAAGCACCGACUGUUUAGGGACGCAGGAGUUUCAUACAUUCCACAAGACCACUGAAAUACUGGAAGACUCCCAAUCUCAAGAGAUUGCAUUCCACGACACAGCGCUCGGGUCAACGCUAGUAGCUCAUCAAAAUGUCCACUGUACUGCCGCAGUAUCAGCUGGAGACAUUGGAAUCGCUGAAGUCAGCUUGUUGCAUGGUGAAUCUGACACAUCAGCUACCAGUUUACUGCCAGUGUCAUUCUUGUCAUGCAGUCCUAGAUCUAUGGUUCCAAUAUCAGUUCCCUCAUCAUCUGGCCUUGAAACCAUCCUAACAACCAAUCCAAUGUACAGUGAUAUUCAGUUGAAAGAAGUGAACUACAAUGCUACAGCAAUGGACGAAAGCACCGAGUUCCUUCAGCUGAUUCUUAGUGGCAAUGAUGAAGGCUACAAUACUACAAGCGAACUGCAAGUUUGGGAUGUUCUGGACUUCUACUUCUCAGAAAGCUUUUCUGAUGUACAAUUUGAUAGCAUAAUGGGUUUUACAAGUGAUGUCAGUACUUCUUCUCAUGAUUAUAUGAAUAUUGUUGACUUGGUAGAGCGGCCUGUGGCACUCCUGUCUCUCAAUGAGACAGAGGAAUCAAAUAAUGCAACCAAUAAGGCUCCAGUCGACUACAGUACAAUGGACCCUGAUGACACAUCCUUGUACCUUCAAAUGAAAUCACCAGAUUCAGAAACCGAAAGUACUUCUGCCUCUCAAGAUGUGAUAGGAAUUGAAUAUGUUGAUGAAAAGCUUCAUUCUAGAGGUCUGCCUGAUUUAAUGGAUGUUGACUCAUCCAAUCGUCUACGAAAAUCACCAGUGAGAACAAAGCAUGUCACUCUUGUGCUUGAUUUGGAUGAGACUCUUGUCCAUUCAACAUUGGAUCACUGUGACAUAUCUGAUUUCAGCAUUCAAGUUUUCUUCAAUAUGAAAGAUCAUACAGUCCAUGUGAGGCAAAGGCCCCACCUGAAAAUGUUCCUUGAGAAGGUAGCUCAGAUGUUUGAGCUUGUCAUUUUCACAGCUAGUCAGAGAAUCUAUGCUGAGCAAAUAAUAGAUAGGCUUGACCCUGAUGGGAAAUUGAUCUCGCAACGAAUUUACCGUGAGUCAUGUAUAUUCUCUGAUGGCAGCUAUACAAAAGACCUGACAAUUCUAGGAGUCCACUUGGCAAAAGUUGCUAUAAUUGACAAUACGCCACAGGUUUUCCAGUUGCAAGUCGAUAAUGGUAUCCCGAUAAAGAGCUGGUUUGAUGACCCCGCGGACCAGGAAUUGGUUGAGUUACUCCCGUUCCUCGAGACCCUUGUUGAUGCAGAGGACGUAAGGCCACUAAUCUCAAAGACUUUUCACGGCACAAUCCAGCAGGAUUAGACUUAAGAUGCAUCCUUAUCAUGCACUGAGCCUGAGCUUGCCAGUUCCAGCGAGCUCCAUCUUGGGAAAUUAGGUAUUAGGAUCAGCAUUCACCAUUUAUGUUAUGUUGGCUGUUACAAAUAGCAAGCAUAAACUGCAUGUCGCCAUGGCUUGUAUAUGUAGUAUUGUUCGGUUUUCUGUGUCGCAGGUCUUUGUACAUAAACUAUAGUAUUGAAUAAAUUGAUCUGAAUCCAGUUUUGCUCAAA